AUGACUAGGCUGAUCCAGUGUUCCAAGGAAGCCUUCAACAGGAAGUGCAAGCCCUUCAUCAUUUUGAGACAGAGACUAUAGGCAACAGAAGUCACCACUGUGAAGAGACAGUCCCUGCAAAGGAUAUAUGCUCUUAUGUCUGCCAUAACCAUGAAACAGUCAGGGAAGAAAUCUAACUGGAAGCAGCAUUAUGAGUAUUUUCUUAAUACUAUUCAAUCAGCCAAGCAGGUCACAAAAGCUGUGAAGGAGAGCUACCUUCUUCCACCUUCUCCCCCACCAAGCACCAAUCCACAUUCCUGGUUUGCUGAGGCUCCGUGACAGAGGGACAUGGAGUUUUGUGGAAAGCAAGCUGUCAGCCAUGCUGCAAACUCAACCAGACAGGCUUUGGACAAGCAAUCAUUGACUGAGAGAAAAACUCCAACAUUAACACCUGCUGUGUUAGCACUUCUGGAGAGAAUACAAAAAGAGAAACAUACGCCAGGCAAAGAGCUCAUUUAA